UUCAUGUGGAAAGCUGCCUUACAAAAACAGGUUGCAUUUUCCAUUAUCCCAGUGGUUUUUGAGCCUCAUACAAGCUUUGGUGGAUGCUCCAUAACCUAAACCCCAUUUGCUCUCUGUGAAAUGUGUUUAGGUCAUUAUCUUGUUUCUCUUCAUGUGAAAGGAAGAUGUGUCUCUAGUAAACCCACUUUAAAUAAUAAUUUAUGAACUUUAGGAGAUCUGCAGAAACCAGCCUUGUGAAAUGUAUUUUUUGGGACACAGAAGUCUUUCUGCCUUACAGCAUCUGCGCAUGGUGUGGUGUUAAUAUCUGUAAGACAGAACAAACAGUGAGGAGGCAAGCUAGUGCAAAAAGCGGACAAAUUGAGAAGAAACUUUUGUUUCCAUCUCCUUCCUUUUCUUCUUGCUUUGUGCUGCUGUUGGAAGAAGAAUGGGUCAGCUAUGUGGACGCUGCAUGCAGCUCCUGCGGGACUUCAUAGGCUUUGUUCAGAGGAUGUCCUCUGACUUGGUGCAAGGCAUCAAGGAAUGCUUAACUCUGAUCAGCAAUUGCUCCUGCUUAAAACAGAGCAGCUCUAAAAACAGGCAGCUGUACAAGCCCAUCCUGCAGCCUCAUGAGAGAGUGACCGCACAGGAGUUUCUGCAGCAUAUUGAAACAGAUUUUGAAAUGUCUCCACUGGGAAAGGACCCUCUGGAAGCCUUGAGGACCUUAUCCUUUUCAGAAAACCCAGGUUUACAGCAGUCGGCUGCCCUCUAUUACUUGCAUAUGAGUCAGCACAUGAGCAUCCCCCUGCCUGUGGAGCAUCUGGAACCAUUUUAUGCCUUACUACGUUCUGCUGACCUGGAGGUGCAACAGAUGUCUUCCUUGUCCCUUGUCAACUUCCUGCUGGAAGGAAAUAUUAACAAAGAAUUAGUUGUUCAAAUGGGUUUACUUGAGCCAAUUCUGGAUCUGCUUGAAUCAGAGGAUCCCACUGUCCAGUGUAAUUCCUGUGCCUGCAUCAUGACUUUGGCUGUUUCAGAGUCAAACCGAGAGGCUAUUGGUGCUGCUAGAGGAGUUACACCUCUAUUGUCUCUUGCCAAUUCCUAUGAUCCCAGAGUCCAACAAAAUGCAGUUGGUGCUAUUCUGAACCUCACACAAUCAGAGAAAAUCCAACAAGUCCUAUGCAAGGAAGGAGCCCUACCAGUUCUUGCCUUACUGCUGGAAUCUCCUGACUCAGAAGUACAGUAUUACAGCUGUGCUGCCCUGAGCAACGUGGCAGCCAAUGUCCAGCACCACAAAGCCUUGCUGAGACCCAGUGACAGAUUCCUGCUGCGGACACUGAUCUCUCUCCUGUCCUCUUCUGUGGACAAGGUUUCAAGCCAGGCAUGUGUUUGCCUAAGAAAUUUGGCUACCAGUGUGGACAUCCAGGCCGAGAUGGUUGCUGAGAAUGUCCUGCCCAAGCUGUGCUCUCUCCUGGCCUCUGGAAGCGAGGAUGUACGUCGUGCCUCCAUUGCUCUGCUCUGGAUACUCUCCCAGCACCCGCCCAACCAGGAAGGAGUACCCACAAAUCCUUUUCUCCCUGGUCCUGAAACUUGUCUUUACCAGUGUUUCAAAUCCCUGGCCACCAAGAGACAUGGUCAGCAUCAGUGGGAACAAAGACACUGCAAACUCAGCCUCACUACACCAGUGGUGAAACAGCCCAUCCUUCAUGAGGGAAAAAGGGACACUCUGGCAUGUGCUGAGCUACUGCAGAGCCUGGGGACAUUACUGGCAGCACAUAAAACAGACCCUGUGAUUGUUGGACACACUGCUUGCAUCAUCAAAAACCUGUGCCUUUCCAAAAACAGACAGAGAAUCACUGAGAGCCGCUGUGUCGAAGGUCUCCUCCAGACCAUGCUUUUGACUGACACUCAGGAAGACUCCCUUCGUUACGUGACAUCCUGCCUUGCUGAGCUAGCAAAGCAAGAAGGAGCCAUGUUACACAUGGUCCAAUGGAUGGAUGAACCUUUGACAAAGUGCUUGGUGAGACUGGCUGGCCAACUGGAACAUCCUGAGCUAUCCUUUCAUGCUGCCUCCAUCAUCCAGCACAUGAUCAGUCACGAAAAAAUGAUGCUUUUGUGGAAGUAUCACAUUGGAGAGAUUCAAGCCUACCUCAAGAAUUUCCUUACCCACCAAGAGGUCCGUUUUCAGCAGCUGGGCAUCUCCACACUCUGCAGACUACGAGCAGAUCCAGACUUUUCAUUAGCAUUCAGAAAAAGCCAAAUGGCCAAACUCCUUGAGCAAGUCCGUCAACAAACAGAAGAAACUCAAGAGCUCCUUAGGGCAGCUAUGUGCCAUGAAGACAGUUAAUAUUUAAGCCAAAUGGUUUAUGAAAACUUACCAGAUCCAAGGGCCUGAACUUUUCAGAGGAAACAACUCUUUGCCUUGGUUCCUGUAAUUUUCCUGCUACUUGCAGUUUUGUCAUACAAGAAAGAUGUCCCGAUAACAAGAAUUGGAGCAGGUCAAAACACAAUUCCUUGCACCCUUUGGCUGGCUGCUUAAGUGUGCUUGAGGACAUGGCUACAUGUUGAAAAACACCUGCUAUGCUUGGUUAACCUUCCAUGGUUUGUUUUUGGUUUCCUCAGAAAAAAACAGCACUGUAUUAUGAGGCAUCUCUCAAGUAUGCAGGUCUGCAUUCAUCUUUAUUCUGUUUCUGUUCCAUGUCCUGUAUUUCAGAGCACACUCCAAGGACUUUAGAAAAUAAUUGAAUCAACCUAUACUAUAAAGGUAGAAAACUACAAACAGAUUACUACAGAAACUAACUGCUGAGGGACAGUUCUCAAAGUACAAGAAAUUUUUAAGAAAUACGAAUGGGUGAAGCCUUUACAGCUGAUCCUUGUCCACACUAUAGGCACUACUCUCCAGCAGAAGAGCAAAAGGCAUAUUAAGGCAAGGAAAUGUUGCACAGAGCAAGUACAGAACACAGCAGGAACCAUGAAUGAUUUGGCUGAGAUGUGUUUAAGUACAGAACUGUGUUCUGCAAAUGUUAAAAUUAUUUCCAAAGCUACUCGCAACAAGGGAUGAGCGAAAAUAUUUGGCAAAAUUAGGAAUUUUUGUUAUAUUUGAUAUUAAUACUUCAUUUUAAAUGGAGUUAAAGAACAAUAAAAAGCUAUUUGUGUUUAAAUUCAACUUACUUCCUUACAUAUAUACUUCCCAUGGGCAAGCAGAUGUUCAGCCAUCUCCAGGAAAAGUGGGUUCCAUCAUGUGUAAUGGUUACUUGGGAAGACACACUUUAACUUCAAACAUCCCCCUUUCUUCUUCUUUCCCCCAGCUUUAUAUGCCCAGCAUGACAAUGUAAGGUAUGGAAUGUCACUAUGGUCAGCUGGGGUCACCUGUCCCAGCUGUCCCCUCCCGACUUCUUAUGCAACCCCAGGCAGGUGGGGUGUUGUGAGAAGCAGACUCUGUGCAAACACUGAUGAGCAGUAACUAAAACAUGUCUGUGUUACCAACCUUGUGUUCAGCACAAACCCAAAGACGGCCCCUUCGAGCUACUGUGAAGAAAAUUACCUCAACCCCAGCCAAAAGCAGCACACUGUCUUUUGAGGUGUUUCUGACCCUCUCAUAACUCUUAUGGGCACAUAGAGCUUUAGAGCCGAUACUGGGUACAAACAUGGAAUAUAAGGGAGAUUAAAAAAAUAGUUUAAAAAAGUUAUUCUGUCAGUUAAGAGCUCAAUAUUCCAUUUUACUGUGGCUCAAAUCUCUGAACUUUAUUUUAGUGCUUGAAGGAGGCAUUUUUGAUAAUUAUUUCUUUUAAUAUCUGAGAGUUAUUUUCAGUGGUACUGUUUGGGAAAAAAACAGAACAAAACAAUGCCCCUCCCCUCCAAAAAAAAAAAAAACACAAAAAAAAAACCAAAGCAAAAACAAACAAACAAAAGUAAAACCAACCAAAACCACACUCAGUGCAGUAAAAAGGCCUAUGAAAGUGCAGGGUAGACAGAAACUUUGGAUAAAACAAUCUGGCAUUUUUAAUAUUCAUCUGUGACAGGAAUCCUGGUUUGAAAUCUCAUGUGAAAAACCACGUGCUCAGCUUUGGGCAGGUGGACAUCUGUUCUAAAACAGAGGACUGGCUGAAUGACACACCUGGGAACAAAAAACUCUCAAACUGCAAACCACCUCCCUGGGUGGUUUUAGAUCAGUUUCCAAAAAGAAGCAGUACAAUAUUAAGUAAUGAUAUUAGAAUGUGUCCUGUAUCUGUAUUCUUAGGUAUUUAAUCUCAAACAUUAUUUCAAGGUCUUAGCAAGAAAGCAAAUAAUAAAGGGUUCUUUAUCAGGAAUGAGGAGAUAAAAGACAUGAAGCAAACAGAGCCAAUGGUGAGCAAUGCAGCAGUGGUGAUGUACUGAAAUAACUCACAGAGCAUCAUCCCUAUGAGCAUUGAUGCUGUGCUGUGGAGACAGGAGAAUGGAGCUGAGCCUUCCCAGAGCACACAGCUCUCUGCUGGGAAGACUGCUGCUCCCAACCCUCAGAACAGCUGUCUGCACCUGCUACUUCUACCUCACAGAGUAGUUCCACCUUGCCCCUCAUGGUACAAACAACACAACCAGUUGCAAUAGCAGGCAGAGGAGCUAGCCUUCCUCCUAUACCACAAUUUAUUGUCAAGAACAACACUCAACAGAAGAGAAACUGUUUUCCCUGCAUUAAAAGAGGCUUAACCAAAAGAUUUAAAAAUUCAAUAUUAAAUCCUUUUUAAAAAUUUCAUACACCUACUCGCAAUUCCCUUGGUUUUACAUUGUAUGUCAGGCCCCUGAAACAGGAAAUUCUUGCUCUCAUUUGAAGCAAACCUGGAUUGACUGUAAUGACAAACUGUUUUUAAUCCAGCCCUGCUAAAAAAAAAAAUCAAAGCAAAAAACCAAAGUAAAUGUGAGAAAUAAAGCCAGCCCAUUUUUCCAAAAGCAGUGAAGCAAAUGUGCUGAAAUCUCCCAAAAAAAUAGACCAGCAUAAUUUAUAACCAAUCCUAAAUAGCUCAAGAUCAACAUAAUUUAAACCUGAUCCUAAAUGAAUCCUAAGACUUAAAACUGAAGCUAAAUGUAGCUGCCUAUUUCAUUGCUCUCUUUCCUGCUGCAAGUGACUCUGUACUGAUUUUUAGUAAAGACAUUAGAGAAAAUCUGAAGCAAAAUUUUAAGCAGACCAUGAGUAGCAAGGAGAGUUUUCCAUCAGAGAUUGACUCUUGCUUCAAUUAUGCCAGAAAAAUGAAAAUAUAAGUAGAAAUAAAUAUUUCAAACAAGUUUUAUUUGGUACUUACAUGCUAUAUAUAGUUUUAAAGAAAAACUACAUAUUUUGGACACUUCAAAAUAUUGUGGCUAUGUACAUGGAAAACUAAAGAAAGCAAGAAAGGAACCCAAUUCAUUUUACUGUGUCACAAGUUACUAUUAAAAGCACUCUGGCUGAAUGGCUGUUUUUUCCCUUCCAUAAAUAUUCUGGCAGAUGAAGUCUCUUUUAUUUUAUUUCCAUUGCUUUUGUCCCAUCUCCUCUGUAAGAUGAACACUCGGCAGCAGCAGAAAUUUCUUCAAAAAUUCUUCGGCUUUUGUCUCAGAGGAUUUCUUCUACUAGCGCAGACUUUCUGCACAGCUUCCUAGAGGCCUCUCAGUGCUCACCAGAGGCAAGGGCAGGAAUCUUAAUGGUAAAUUCUCUGUUAGCAGGAGCUCAGAGCCCCUGAACCUUCAUUUGCCCUACCCAAGGAUCUUCUCACUGAUUCAGAGAGCAAUGCCUCAAGCCUUUGGCGAUGCUGCAAACUCAAACACCCAGAGCGAGCUCUGCCUCCAACAGCAUUGUUCAGCAAAGCACAAGAACGUGCAAGAUUUUACAGUUCUGCACAAUAGCAACCAAAAGUGUGGGAUGGAACAAUGAAUGACAGUAGAAAUCAGCAUCAAACUAAAGAGAAAGCAACCUGCAUCGCUCCUCUUAUCACUCAAACUGCACUGCUUUAUAAAAACCACACGCUACAUAAAAAAGCACAAUGACCAUUUUCCAUUUGCUCUGAAACGAGCAAACCCCAAAAAUCCCUGAACCUGCAUCAUCAUCCAAAACUCAAAUAUCCCAGGUUUCACACAGUCUUCAAAAGUCUGAUAAGGCAAAGGAAAAGUCUUCCAUCAUUGGGAACAGCAGCAAUUUACAGGACUCAGAACAAGGUAUUUCCUUGUAUGUGUGCACACGUGUGUGCACAUAUGCGUACACAUCUUUUAUAGUAUUGUGAACAUGAAUGUAACUAAAAAAAUCAAGUUUGCAGUAUCUUUUUUACCACAUUUGUCUAAUUUAUUCAAUCAAAUUAUUCAUUUCUGUACUGAGCAAAAUUCAUAAAUACAUAAUCUAGGAGAACAAUAGGUUAUCCUCUUGUCCAUGAAAAAAAAUACGCUUUCAAAUUUUCACAUUUUAAAACCUUUCUUGUUUUGUGUUUUUAGAGAAAAUGUGAGAAGAUCAUAGUGACGUCUCAAUUUACAGAAUGUCCCUGUAGGAAUUACAUUUACAAGAACCUGAUACAGAAGCCUAUAGUUCGCCCCCAUAAUUAGAGUUCUCUGCAAUAACAUUUAAACCAACAGGUUUAAAUAAAACACCCCAUUAACUCUACUUGUAGAGCAAUGAGGCAUUUCUUUUUCAAGUAUUAGAACCAUAAAGUGUAAAAGAUUCUUUGCCAAUUUUACAAUUAUGCCUUUUAAA